UUCUCGCCGUCAAUCUCGUCACAUUUGGCUCGGAUCUACAAGUCUUUGAGCUCGGAGGCCUCGACGGCCCAGCAUGGCCCUCCUUCCGCGGCGGCAGACAGGUGCGGGCAGGGCAGUGAACUCGCUAGCUCCUUUGCUUCUUUGUCUGCAUUCUCCGCAUACAUGGCCAGCUCAGCAUCGGAUGCAUUGGCGCCAGUAAAGGAACAGGACCUCUCUGCUCCCAUCACCGACUACUAUGUCUCUUCGAGCCAUAACACGUACUUGACUGGGAACCAACUCUACAGCGAGGCCGCCGCCAGCGCGUAUACACAUGUCCUUCUCAAUGGUGGGAGAUGUGUUGAGAUCGAUGUUUGGGAUGGUGACUACGAGUCGAGUAGUAGUGCUGAUUUGAGCCCAGGGGAUAGAAAGAGCUUCCACGGGGAGAAGGAAUUGGCUGCCAAAACACUUGCACGGCUUUCGUCAAAGCUGGAAGGUUUGAUGCAUCAUCAGACAGGGUCUCGUGAAAGGCCUUCUUCAAAUAGCCCCAGCAGCCGUGGCGCCGCGGCCGCUGUCGCCCACACCUCGGACGCAGACCCCCAAAUCCCGGCGCGUGCAGAGCCUCGGGUCUUACAUGGACACACCCUCACGAAAAGUACUUCCUUCCGCGACGUCUGCUGUGCCAUUCGGGACAGCGCCUUCGUUGCUAGCGAUCUGCCAAUCAUCGUGAGCCUGGAGAUACAUGCAUGCCUGGAGCAGCAGGAGACCAUGGUGGAGAUCAUCAAAGACGUCUGGCAAGGCUUGUUGGUUGAGGUCACACCGGAGCUGGAGAACAGCACCCGGCUGCCAUCAUUGGGCGAGCUGAAGCGCAAGAUCUUGCUCAAGGUCAAGUCGGUGCCGGCGUCGAUUGGCGAACAGGCCGUAAGCGCGGCGGCGGGGGAGCCCCAAGAACCCAAUAAGGGGGAGCCAAAGACAAAGGAACCAAUUCCCGGAGGCACACCCAUUGGAUCUGAAGCUCCUCCAACAGCCAAACCCUCAAAAGUACUGCAAGCAUUGAGUAAAUUGGCAGUCUAUACCAAAGGUUACCACUUCCGCCAUUUUGCCCAGCCAGAGGCCAAGCUCCCCACACAUGUCUUUUCUCUCUCGGAGAGCGCAACAAAGGAUGCCCAUGAGAACCACGGCGAGGCUCUUUUCGAGCACAACCGCAGCUUCUGGAUGCGAGUAUUCCCGUCAGGCAUGCGGAUCACAUCGUCUAACCUCGAUCCGUCCUUCUGCUGGAGACGGGGUGUCCAAAUGGCGGCGUUGAAUUGGCAAAACGUCGACAAAGGCAUGAUGCUCAACCAGGGCAUGUUUCCCCGCAAGCAAGGAUGGGUGCUGAAGCCCCCCGGCUACCGCAGUUCGGACUUGUCUCCUAGUGACCUGAAUGCCCUCCCCAUCAAGCGACAGACCCUCGAUCUUUCGAUCGAGAUAUUUGCCGCCCAGAAGAUCCCUCUUCCUCCUGGCGAGUCCAAUGGGAAUCGAUUUCAUCCGUACGUGAGCUGCCAGCUGCAUGUUGAGCAACCAGACGACACAGACAUUGCCGCCAUCGCCGCCGCAAAUCGGGACGAGCUCUCGGAUUCGGACAACACCACUUGGAAACGUACCACCAAAAGUGCCACCGGCACCGAUCCUGAUUUCGGUGCCGCCAAGCUGCAAUUCCCUUCCGUAGCUGGUAUUGUAGAUGCCUUGAGUUUCGUCAGGUUCAAAAUUAAAGACGACGAGAUUGGAAGAGAUGCGCUCGCCGCCUGGGCGUGUAUUAGAUUAGAUUGCCUACAACAGGGGUAUCGGCUCGUUCAUCUCUGGGAUGCGCAAGGCGUCCAAACUGACGGCGUGUUGUUGGUCCGAAUUGAGAAGACCCUGUCGUGA